UUGUUUAUCAACAAUAAUUUUUUUUUCAAUUUGUGAUUUUUCACUUUUAGUUUUUCUUUCUGGAAAAUUUGUUCAAUUAUUUAUUAAACCGCUAGAAUUAACUGAAAGUUAAUUAAAUCACAUUAAAAUGAAGGAGACUAAAAUGUCUUCCCAUUUGUCGGGAGGUAGACUCAAUGUAUCUAUAUUACAGGAAACUAUGAGAAAGGAAUUACUUAAUUUACUGCAAUUGUGUGAGGGGCCUAAGGUAACAAUUUGGGAUGAGUGGCUGGCGGGUCCCGUUGGACUUGUGGCACAACAUUCACUUUUAACAGAACACGAAGUUAUUGAUAUGUUUCCUCUACGGCCGGGUAACUUGCCCACAAUUGCUGUGAAACACAUCAUAUUUAUUGCACGGCCUAAGGUAGCUUUGAUGGAUCUAGUCGCUGACUAUAUUCUUUAUUUGAGGGGCAAACAGAGUACUCCUGUUGAAUUCCAUGUGUUCUUUGUGCCACGAAAGAGUGAGAUUUGUGAGAACCACUUAAAGAAUAGAGGAGUAUUAUCAAAUGUGAUUUUAAAGGAGUUCAUAUGUGAUAUAUUCCCAUUUGAUAGUGAUGUUAUGUCACUAGAACUGCAAAAUGAUUUCCGUGAGAACUACUUAGAGGGUGAUCCAACAUGCUUAUACAAUGCUGCACAAGCUUUGCGCACCAUACAACAACUGUAUGGGAUUAUUCCAAAGGUUUAUGGUAAAGGACAAGCCGCCAAACAGGUGUGGGAUCUUUUGUGUCGACUGAAUAAAGAAGAACAAGGCUUAGGUCCUAAGGGAGCCACAACAUCUUGCAUUGACCAACUUUUCCUCAUCGAUCGUAAUAUUGAUCUCAUAAGUGUUACAGCUACACAACUAACAUACGAAGGGCUCAUAGACGAACUCUUCAAUAUAAAGAGCUCUACCGCGACUUUCCCCGGACACAAGUUCGUUAGUCCUGACGACGCAAACCCUGAAGUGACAGCUCAAGAGAAGAAACGUGUCAUACUCAACUCGAGUGAAGAAUUGUUUACGGAACUACGGGAUUGUGGCUUUUCACAAGCAGGGUCGCUGUUGUCCAAGAAGGCUGGAAUUAUCAAGAGACAGCUGGAAGAGCGACACAACGACAAGACAGUGCAGGAGAUCAAACAGUUUGUGUCUCGUCUGCCGCAGCUUCUCGCUAACAAGCAAUCUCUGGCCACGCACACUGCCAUUGCGGAAUAUCUGAAGGAGACAGGAGACUCGUUUGAGUUCCAGGACAAGAUACAAUGUGAGGAGGACUUCCUGAACUGUGUUGAUAAUGAGAAGGUGAACCCUUACAUAGAGGAUCUGAUAGCGCAGAAAGCUCCGCUGACAAAGGUUCUAAGAUUGGUCUGUCUGCAAUGUGUGACCAGCUCAGGCCUGAAGCCGAAAGUAUUGGAGUACUACAAGAGGGAGCUGGUGCAGACUUACGGACUGAAAACUUGGCUUACUAUCUGUAACUUGGAGAAGUGUGGACUGCUGAGGACUCAAACUGGAACUAGGCAGUACGCAGUUAUAAAGAAGGCAUUGAAUCUGACAGAUGAAGAAACUGAGGGCUCCGGAGAGAUGAGCUAUGUAACUAGCAAGUACAUUCCGCUCACGGUGAAGAUAUGCGAGCAAAUUGCGAAGAACAGAUCAUGGAAUGGAAUCGUAGAUAUACUAGGACUAUUACCCGGGCCUGCUUUCGAAGAGCUACAGACAUUGCAGCCACGUAUGGUGCGAAGGAACUCCAUUACGAGCGAAAACUCAUCCGUGGAUAGUCCCAAAGUUAUUCUAGUCUUUUUUAUCGGAGGCUGUACCUUCUAUGAAAUAUCAAUGCUAAGAAACAUAAGUCAGGCUGAGGAUGCAAAUGUUGAAUUUGUUGUUCUGACCACUAAGUUGGUCAACGGCAAUACUUUUAUGGAAACAUUGAUGGAGCCGGAAUAAGUAAUUGCUUGUAAUAUCAUGGAUAUGUACCUACUAAGAAAAUUACACUUUUCAACAUGUCUCGCUGAUUUGCCGAUAACCUAAUGGUUAAUCGCCUAUGAUAAUUCAUAGGCGAUGUCCGAAGUAACACUAAAGUAUCUAUGUACUUUUGAAUAAACUGUAAUUACUGACAAACAUGGUUCAUUUAUCCUUUUUCCAAAAAUGAAGUGAUGAGAAUGUUAUAAAAUACGAAAUGUACUCUUGAGACGUCAUUUAUGUUUCGCUGACUAAGGCCCGGUAUCCACUAAAGCGGAGAGGAGAUGUGAGCAGUUCAUAGCGGAUAUACGAGUUGUGAGAUCUCGAAAUCGAUCGAUGGACGCGGCACAAAAUUCUUUAGAAAAAUGAGACAUAUCCUCUCCUCUCCGCUUGAUCCAUUUCCACCGAAGCUAAGCAGCGAGAUGUGGCAAUAACAAAAUCUGAUUGGUUUUCAAAAUAUAUCUCCUCUCCUCUCCACUUUGGUGGAUACUGAGCCUUAAACUAUUGUAUUGAAAAAAUUCUACCGCCUCUUAAAUAACUAAAUGUAUUAAAUAACAGAAUUGUUACAUUGGAUUUUUUUAAAAAUAUAACAUACAUACAUAUAAAAUAACAUCUGUAUCCCGCUCCCCUAAAAGCAGUUCUAAUUUACAAGUUUUUAACUCUAGGAUGAAUAAUUCUAUUUUAUCCCACUCAAGACACUUAUGACUCGAGGUACACAAUUCCACACUAAAUUUGUCUUUAAUUGUUUAUAAGUAUUUUAUUUCGCUAAGUAAUUAUAAUAAACAUCUUUUAAUGUAAAUUAAAACUUAAGAUUAAAUUGGCAAAGCUUUUUUAUGACAAUAAGGGACGAGAAGAGCAGGACGUUCAGCUGAUGGUAAUUGAUACACCCUGCCUAAUACAAUGCAGUGCCUCUCAGGAUUCUAAAAAAUCCAAAAAUUCUGAGCGACACUACAGUUGCGCUCAUCUCCUUGAGACAUAAGAUGUUAAGUCUCGUUUGCCCAGAAAGCAUAGAUUCCUAUGAAUAAACAAGCAAGGUAAAUUUCUGCUUAGUUUAAUAUUACCUACACUUUGAUUGAACUUGGGAUUAUUUGUGGUUGAUUGAAUUGUACUUACCUUGCUAAGUAGAGGUUCUUUAUUUACAAAAUUAAAAAAAAAUCUUGUGGUGGGCAACUUUAUCUAACAAGCAGAGUUUAUUUAUUUCGCGCUAUAUAAAAAUUAAUUGCCUAAAUAUUCAAAAUUAUAUACUUACCUACAUAUUUACCGAAAAUUAGAAACUCCGACCUUUUUUGCCGCCUAUAGACUUGUUCACCCACGUAUAAGAGAUCGCUAGCACGACGUGACCUUCGCACCCUAUUCUGUUGUACCGCAUGAACAGAUUUGAUCAAAGCAUGUUAAUGGAAAAACUAGGUUUAGAGAAAUCCUUACGAUUACAGAUGAUACUUACCCUUAGAUAAUAAUGUAAAAAUAUUAAUAUUUAUCGUAAUAUUAUAUAAAAUGUUAAGGAAUGUAAUAAAAUAUCUGUAUAUUAAUUCA